AUGGCAGCGCAACCCAAUCAGAGCGCGGCUCGGGCAAGAGGCGGAAGGAAAACCCAAUGAAAGGGCGGGAACGCUGAGUGACACACCAGUACGCCAAUCAGAACGCUGCUUCCGCCCGGUGCCCCGCCCCCGAGGGCUUCCCUAGCAACGCCCCGCCUUUGUGCUCAUGGCAACCACCGCCCUGGCGACCGCGGCCCGCCCUUUCCCGAAGAGCCAAUCAGCAGCGCGCAUUCGUGAGUGGCGGCAAUCUCAGCCAAUCAGCAAUCGUCUCUGACGCUGCUCGGCAGGGUGACAUUGAGUGACGGGUUAGUUAACCAAUGAGAGCGGAGCGACCGGCUCGCCAGCCCGCCAAUCAGCGCUUGGGGGCGGGGCGUCGGCAGGCCGCGGCUUUGUGCCCGAUGGAGUUCCCCGAGCACAGCCGGCAGCUGCUGCGGGGGCUGCGGGAGCAGCGCUCCCGGGGGAUCCUGUGCGACUGCACGGUGCUGGUGGGCACCGCUCCGUUCCCGGCGCACCGGGCCGUGCUGGCCGCCUGCAGCUCCUUCUUCCACCUGUGCUACGCCGAGCCGGGCGGCGCAGGAGGGGCUCGGGGGGCCGUGGUGGCCCUCAACAGCGACAUCGUCACGGCCCCGGCCUUCGCGCUGCUGCUGGAGUUCAUGUACGAGGGGCGGCUGGCGCUGGCGGCCCCGCUGGAGGACGUGCUGGCCGCCGCCAGUUACCUGCACAUGAACGACGUGGUCAAGCUGUGCAAGAAGAAGCUGCAGGCGCGGGGCCCGGCCGAGGCCGACAGCACCAAACGCGAGGAGGACGCCCCCAGCCCGCCCCCGCCGCAGCCCCCGCCGCAACCCCCGCAGCCCCCGCCGGCCGAGGCGGCCGCACCGCCGGAGCCGCCGCUGGUGGACGCGGCUGACACCACCCAGCCCGGGGUUGGGGGCGAGCGACCCCCGCCCAGCCCCAGCAGCUCCAGCGAGGCCGCGCCGGGCCCCGGAGCCGCCCCUCCGCCGGUUCCCUGGGCCGCGCCCCCCGCCCCGGCCGGUGCCAUCAAGACCGAGGCCAUCGUCAUCUCGGACGAGGAGCCCGACGGCGCCCGCCGCCCCCCCGCGCCCCCUCCCCCGCCGCCGCCGCCGCCGCCGCCUCCCCCGGCCCGAGCGGCGGCGUUUGGGGAGGGGGCGGCGCUGGCCCCGGCGCUGGGGGGGCUGCGGGAGCCGCUGUUCCUGGCGCCGCUGGAGCCCCGCGGGGGGUUCGGGCUGUUCGCCGAGGAGGCCCCGACGUGUCCCACGUGCGGGAAGACGUUCUCGUGCUCGUACACGCUCCGGCGCCACGCCACCGUGCACACCCGGGAGCGGCCCUACGAGUGCCGCCACUGCCUGCGCUCCUACACGCAGUCCGGGGACCUGUACCGGCACGUCCGCAAGGCCCACAGCCACGGCGGGCCCGCCCGCGGCCCCCGCGACCCCGCCCGCGACGGCGACAACCCGCCCUGACCGCCGCACCCGCCCGGGGCGCGGGGAGGGACCGAGCGGAGCGGGCGGCAACGGCGGGGCUUGGAGCGGCCGGCGGGAUGGGGACACCCGACCUGACCGGGACGGCGACACCUGCACGGCCCUGGGCUACCGGAACCGUGACACCUGCCCUGGGCUACCGGGACUGCGACACCUGCCCCUGGGCUACCGGAACCGUGACACCUGCACGGCCCCGAGCCACCGGGACUGCAACACCUGCCCUGGCCGGACCGCGGCACCUGCAUGGCCCUGGGCUACCGGGAC